GACUCACUUUCCCUUCAGUUUUGGCGGCAAAAUUCGUACAUUACAAUACCUGCUAGGGUUUCUCUCUCCCUCUCUCUCUCACUCUCUGUGUGACAAAAGUACAUAUUGAGACCUAGGGUUUUGCUGCCUAGUAACUUUGAAUUCACAGUCCUCAAUCCAAUGUGAAAGUUGGUCCGAAACAAGGGGCUUUAAUGGAAGCAGCUGAUUCUCCAUCUCCAAUUGCUAUCAAACCCAUAAACAAAGGUGUGGUUCACAGAAUCUGCGCAGGUCAAGUGAUCAUUGACCUCUCGUCGGCCGUGAAGGAACUCGUCGAGAACAGCCUCGACGCCGGCGCCACCAGCAUCGAGAUCUCUCUCAAAGACUACGGCCAGGACUACUUCCAGGUCAUCGACAAUGGCUGCGGCAUUUCCCCCAGUAACUUCAAGGUUCUUGCACUUAAGCAUCAUACGUCGAAAUUAUUGGAUUUUCCUGAUCUCCAGUCACUGACCACGUUUGGCUUCAGAGGGGAGGCAUUGAGUUCACUUUGUGCUUUGGGGAAUCUGACUGUUGAGACUAGGACAAAGAAUGAGUCAGUUGCUACACAUUUAACUUAUGACCAUUCAGGUUUACUGGUAGCUGAAAAGAAAACAGCACGCCAAAUUGGUACCACGGUCACUGUUAAGAAGUUGUUCUCCAAUUUACCUGUGAGAAGCAAAGAAUUUAGUCGCAACAUUCGCAAGGAAUAUGGAAAGCUUAUUUCGUUAUUGAAUGCCUAUGCCUUAAUUGCAAAAGGAGUUCGGUUAGUCUGCACCAACACAACUGGGAAAAAUGCGAAGUCUGUGGUACUUAAAACACAAGGAACUGGUUCUCUUAAAGAUAACAUCAUUACAGUGUUUGGCAUGAACAUCUUCAACUGCUUAGAGCCUAUGAAUAUAUUUAUAUCAGACAGUUGCAAAGUUGAUGGCUUCCUUUCCAGGUUUGGACAUGGUAGUGGACGCAACUUGGGAGACAGACAAUUCUUUUUUGUUAAUGGUCGACCAGUGGAUAUGCCUAAAGUCGGUAAGCUGGUGAAUGAAUUAUAUAAAGGUGCAAACUCCCGGCAGUAUCCAAUUGCAAUCAUGAACUUCACUAUUCCAACAAGAGAAUGCGAUGUUAAUGUAACUCCUGAUAAAAGAAAAAUAUUUUUUUCUGAUGAAAGCUCCAUAUUGUCUGCCCUAAGGGAGGGUUUACAGAAGAUAUAUUCCCCAAGUUAUGCUUUUUAUCCUGUUAAUAAAGUUGAGGAGUGCACUAAGGAAGCAGAUUCCUCUGAAUUGUGCUCUCCACAUGAGAAAUCUCAUAUGUUGAAACAAUUAUCUCCAGAUGGCAGUGAUCUAGAAGUUAUUGAGGAGCAUGUUAAAGAGGAUGGAAUUCCUCUCAAAACAGUUGAAAAUGCUCAGCAGCUAGUGCAUGAUCAAGAAGGAUCAAUCCACACCAAUAAUGGCAAAUUCAUGGAGAAAGAUUUCACUCUUAGAGUACAUGGCACUAAAAAGGCCGAUAGCAGUAGGAAAUUGACUGGUCACCUCAACAGUGUUACAACUGAUCAAAUUGCUUCGUCCCCUUCACGAGGGGAUGAGAAUGGAAUUGCUGCUAAUACAGAUUCAUGUGGUCGUUCAAGCUAUGUCCAAUCAUCACUUAAAAAAUUUGUAACUGUCAAUAAAAGAAAGCAUGAAAGCAUUAGUACAACAUUAUCUGAACUGCCUAUCCUUAGAAAUGAAACCCUUUCUUGUCAUUUGAAGAAUGAUGAUUCUGAAAGGCAUGCUGCUGUUUCAAGAUCCCCAGCGAGUCAUGACCUGGUUGAUAAUUCUGCUGUGGUGAACAAGAAUGAGCCUUCCAAGUAUCUUAGAGCAGAUACGAUUUUAAAUAAAUUUAGAAUUCCACUUUCUUCUGGAGGCAAUCGUAAAGAUGGAGAACCUGGAAAGGAACCAGAGGGUCAAGAGAAAACAGUGCCUUCUUCUACCAUGGCACCAAUUGCGUCAUCUAGCAAGGAUCUCGAAAAUAAAUUACAAGAUCCUUCUGUUGCGUCUCCGUCACGUUCUUCUAUAUCCAUAUUAGAUGCUCCAAAGUCACCUGCUGAUCUAGAGUUGUGUUCCACCUUGCAAUUUAGUUUUCAAGAGUUGAAGACAAAGCGGCAGCAGAGGCUGUCUAUUUUACAAUCUAGUGGUCAUAAAGAUGGAAGAGCAAAGAUGAAAAGGUGCUAUGACGCUGCAACUCUAGAGCUUGCUCAACCUGAUAAUGAGGAACGAAAGGCAAAGGCUUUAGCUGCAGCUACUACAGAGUUGGAAAAACUAUUCAGAAAGGAGGACUUUGGUAGAAUGAAGGUGAUUGGGCAAUUCAACCUUGGUUUUAUAAUUGGGAAGUUGGAUCAAGAUUUAUUUAUCGUGGAUCAGCAUGCUGCUGAUGAGAAAUACAAUUUUGAGCGUCUUUCUCAAUCAACCAUUUUUAACCAACAGCCUUUGCUCCGGCCAUUGAGGUUGGAGUUAUCUACUGAAGAAGAGGUGGUUGCUUCAAUGCACAUUGACGUAAUUAGGAAAAAUGGCUUCACUCUGGAAGAGGAUCCCCAUGCUCCACCAGGGCAGCAUUUUAAAUUGAAAGCUGUCCCAUUCAGUAAAAACAUUACUUUUGGAGUCGAAGAUGUCAAGGACCUGAUUUCUACUCUAGCUGAUAGUGAAGGGGAAUGCUCAAUGAUUGGGAGUUACAAAAUGGAUACUUUUGACUCUGUUUGCCCAAGCAGAGUUCGUGCAAUGCUGGCAUCACGUGCAUGCAGAUCAUCUAUUAUGAUUGGAGAUGCGCUUGACAGAAAUGAGAUGCAGAAGAUACUCAAGCAUUUGGCAGACCUGAAAUCUCCUUGGAAUUGCCCGCAUGGUAGGCCAACCAUGCGUCAUUUGACUGACCUGACAUCCAUUCACAAAAGAUCAGAAGGAAAAAAUGUGGACUGUUAACAGAUCUUUCCAUGACUAUAAACGGGCCUGUGGUUUAUCUAACUUAUUUUGUAUGACCUUAAAAAUCCAUGUAAAAAGUCCCCAUUCAACUAUGUGGCUAUGUACAGGUACUUAAUGUGUGUGUGUGUGUGUGUGUGGUGUGUGGUGUGUGGUGUGUGUGUGUGUAUAUAUAUAUAUAUUGGUGUAGGCUUCUGGUUCUGGGUCUUCUCUCUGUCUCUCAAACUACAUGGACUUUUGGCCCUUGAUUUUGGCAUUUGAUUUUAUGCUAUGUAUAA